AUGGACCACUCAAGAAUAUCGUCAAGAGGUACCUGCAGUUGGUUGUUGCUAUCGUCCCUCCUUCUAUUAUUGGUGGCAAACACGUUUGGUCUGGAAGUCUGCGAUACCUACAGCGUCCAGUUGCAGGCAACCUUUCCCGACAAUACCUUGACGCCUUGUAGUAGUCAAGAGACUAGUAUCAUUGAAGCGUUGCUGCACUCACUAGUACAGACUGACGUCCUGGUUGGAUUGGAUGGACUCCCCAUUCACAACUUUUUCUUGGCCUUUGAAAAGCUAGGAGCGGAUGCCAAGUGGGCCAAUGGCGAUACCCCAGUAGCCACAGACUCCCAAUACGAUCAGGCUUUCCCCCACAUGACCGAAAAAGACGUCUUGGAAGACAUUUUUGAUCCCUCGGUUUCCCCGUCAAUAUCUCCGAGUGAGUCACCCAGUGCCAUCCCCAGCGAAAGCCCAACCGAUUCUCUCGAUGAAGACGACCGAAACGGUCUUGGUGCCAAUGUGAGCACUGCUGUUUUGGAAAAGGUCAAUGGCGAAGACGGAAAGCCAGAUGGCCCACUGCCGGAAAUUGAUCUCUUUGAUGACUCGUUGCGCAGUGGCGCUGGAUUGACCACUGCCUAUGACAAGACGGGUAGUGGCGCUCGCAAGCUCGGCGACUCUUGUGCCGCCGAUUGGUGUGCCUUUUUCAUUACAAAACCAUGCCAAGCCAUUCCGCAGGAUCCCCUAUUGGCAAGCAAACCCAUUGUCUAUCAUGCCAUGAUGACUGCCUUUCAAGAACGGGUGGCCGAGGCCAUUGAAAAGAAACUCCGCAAAUGGGCCCGGGAUACAGACACCCUGUGUCUUGGGAACAGUUGGGAGUUAAAGGCCAUUGUCUCCAGACUUGGUUAA